CAACCUGUUUAUUUCUCUUUAUCAUUUUAGUUGCUUUUUUACUUUCAGCUGAGCCGGUUGCGUUUUUGAGAAAAGCUUUUGGAUAAUGUCGGCCAAACCCAUCCUCUACUACGCUCCCCGCAGUCCCCCAUGUCGUGCUGUUCAACUUACUGCCGCCGCUCUGGGUUUGGAAUUGGACCUACGAGUUGUGAACGUGAAGGGCGGCGAGCACAAGUCGGCCGAGUUCCUCAAAAUGAAUGCCCAGCACACGAUCCCCGUGCUCGAUGAUAACGGGACUAUCGUGAGCGAUUCGCAUGUGAUCAUCUGCUACUUGGCCGAUAAGUAUUCCCCGGAGGGCGAUGACUCCUUGUACCCCAAGGAUCCGGAGAAGCGUCGCCUGGUGGAUGCCCGUUUGUACUACGACUGCGGUCACCUGUUCCCGCGACUCCGAUUCAUCGUGGAGCCGGUGAUCUAUUUUGGAGCUGAUGAGGUCCCCGCCGAUCGAGUGGCCUAUCUCCAGAAGGCCUACGAUGGACUGGAGCACUGCCUGGCUGGAGGAGACUACCUAGCCGGUGACCAUCUGACCAUCGCGGAUCUCAGCUGCAUCGCCUCCGUUUCCACGGCGGAGCCCUUCGCUCCCAUCGAGGCGGAGCAGUUCCCCCGAUUGGUGCAGUGGUUCAAGCGGCUGGAGGCUCUUCCCUACUACCAAAAGAGUAACCGGGAGGGUCUGGAAAUGCUGGUGGGACUGGUCAAGGGACUGCUGGAGGAGCGCCAGAAGAAGUAAUCCAGAAGAAGUAAUCCCUACAACAUUUUGUGAAAUUUCCUUGAAUUACAAAUAUAUUUUAAAAAGAUAGAACUUUAAUCGCGGCUUAGUUUCUUAGAUAUAUCUGUAAAAUUUAAUGAUAUAAACAAGUGACUUACUUAGCUAACACUUA